UCCCUCAGCGCCUGCCCCGUCGGCCGCCCAGCCACCCGCCCGCUGUGCCCACGCAGCCGCCGCUGAACGCAGGACACGCCGGCAAAGGGUGAUCGGAGCUCUCUGGAGAGCUCUUGAACCUCCAGCUCUGAGUGAGGAGCCCAUACUGCCCUGUCCCCGGUUGAGACUCCAGGUGUCUGGCCAUGAACUACAUCCUGAGUGGUGUUAUCCCUGUGGGGCUGGCACUGCUGAUCUGAGCUCAAGGCUUCUUCCUGCCCAACGUCACGAAGCUGGAAAAGCUGCUGGGCAGAUACCAGGCGGAGCCCCACUCCCGCACCCGGAGGGCCAUCCCCAGGGCGGACCGCGAGGAGAUCCUCCUGCUGCACAACAGAAUGCGGGGCCAGGUGUCCCCUCCUGCCUCCAACAUGGAGUACAUGACCUGGGAUGAAGAGCUGGAGAGGUCAGCUACAGCAUGGGCCCAGGAGUGUCUCUGGGAGCAUGGGCCGUCUAGCCUGCUGGUGUCCAUUGGGCAGAACCUGGCCGUGCACUGGGGCAGGUACCGCUCUCCUGGCUUCCACGUGCAGUCCUGGUAUGACGAAGUGACUGACUACACUUACCCCUAUCCCCACGAGUGCAAUCCCUGGUGUCCCGAGCGGUGCUCAGGGGCCAUGUGCACCCACUACACACAGAUAGUCUGGGCGACCACGAACAAGAUUGGAUGUGCUGUGAACACCUGCCAGAGGAUUAACGUUUGGGGAGAUGUUUGGGAGAAUGCCGUCUACCUCGUCUGCAAUUAUUCUCCAAAGGGUAACUGGAUCGGAGAAGCCCCCUACAAGACUGGCCGUCCCUGCUCCGAGUGCCCGCCCAGCUUUGGGGGCGGCUGCAGGAAUAACCUGUGCUACCGAGAAGAGACCUACAACCAAAAACCUGAGACAGAUGAGAUGAACGAGGUGGAAACGGCCCCUGCUCCCAAGGAAAAGCACGAGUGGAUCCAACCAAGGGUGGUGAAGCCCACGAAGCCGAAGACGAGCCCCACCAUCAGCUACAUGACCCAAGUCAUCCACUGCGACACCAAGAUGAAGGAGAAGUGCAAAGGGUCUACGUGCAACAGGUAUCAGUGCCCAGCAGGCUGCCUGAAGAGCAAGGCAAAGGUUUUCGGAUCAGUGUUUUAUGAAAGUUCAUCCAGCAUCUGCCGGGCUGCCAUCCAUUCCGGAAUGAUUGAUGACAGAGGAGGCCUGGUGGACAUCACCAGGAAAGGGAAGAUGCCACAUUUCAUCACGUCUCAGAGACACGGUGUGGAGUCUCUAAGCAAAAACAAGCCCUCAAGUUCAUUCUUCAUGUCAAAAGUGAAAGAGCAAGACUUAGACUGCUAUACCACGGUGGCUCAGCUGUGCCCAUUUGAAAAGCCGGCCACUCACUGCCCGAGAGUCCGCUGUCCUGCACACUGUAAAGACCAGCCAUCCUACUGGGCCCCCGUGUUUGGAACCAACAUCUAUGCCGAUACCUCGAGCAUCUGCAAGACCGCCGUGCACGCAGGUGUCCUCAGUGACGAGAGCGGGGGCUACGUCGAUGUGAUGCCUGUGGACAAAAAGAAGACCUACGUGGGCUCUCUCAGGAACGGCGUGCAGUCUGAAAGCCUGAGUGCACCCCAGGAUGGAGGGGCCUUCCGGAUCUUUGCAGUCAGGCCGUGAACGAAGGCCCAGCGCCGGGGAGAAGGGACUCCUUCUACAGGGCUUUGGGGGUUUUGCUUUCUGUUUUUAUUUUGUCAUUUGGGGGUGGGGUAGGGAUAUGGAGGAUCGGGAAACUUCCUUUCAACAGCAAUGUCACAUCCUGGUGAGAUCAACAUCUCAUCCCUCACUGUGCAGCAUCCUCAGGGUCUUGGUUGGACAUCUCCAGCUGGUAUCUCCUGUCCUUAGGGAUCUGACCCAGCUGUUGAAGGGAACAGUGGCCGAGAAGUUCCUUGCCACAUGUUUUCUCAUGGGUGGAGAGAGAGGAUUCUGGGCCCCUGAGACAUCAAGGGGCAGGGGAUGGGGGAAGAGGCACAGGGAGCAGGUGCAGGGUGGGUUUCAGGAGGAGGAGAAAGUCAUUAUUUAAAUGGAAAGAGCCCCAGUCCAUCCUACCAAUGGGGAAAAUGGAUUUAAUGUUUGCUGGUCAGACAAAUGGGACUGAAAGGAGAGGGCAAGAGGAGAGAGACUUGGGCUCCACCCAGGUGGCGUCCUUGCUCAAACCGAGCCAUGGGUCCCUCUGAGAUGGCCACGUGCAGUUGGUCAUGUACACAGCAGUGCUGGUUUAUCUAGAGUUUAGCAGUAACUCCAAGGUUUUUCUUGUUUUGGUCUUUACCUCCGUCUGUCUGUGUGGCCUGUUUGUUUUCUGCCAUAACCUUUGGUCUCAUCAAGGACUGAUGAAUUUCACUCUUUCCCAUCGUGGCUCCCGCCCCGCCUUGCCAGGCUAGCUAAGGUGUCCUGGUGCUCACCUGGGACUUUGCUUUGCAUGUGGCCCUGUGUGGAAGGCAGCCUGUGUUCUCUUACCUGCUGGUCUCUGAGAUGUCUAGGGGGACAGCCAAGAACGGCUGCUGCUUCGUUGCUGCUUUUGAAAGGUGACAACUCAAUGUGUAGACCCCCUGCAUCGGGUGACCUAGUUUUUAGCAGUGGAGGCCUGGAUUCCUGGGCACAUUCCUCACCAAGGUUAGCGGCCUGGUUUGUAGUUAUGAAAGAGUUCCAGGGCGCACCAGCGGCCAGGGACCAUGACACACUGGAAGGGCCCCCCUUUCCUGUUUUUGUCGCUGUGAUCCUGCCAGUGCUCCCCAGGAUCCAAGGAGUGCAGUGAGCUCUGGCUUCCACCACUUGUAAAAGUUCUUCAUGUGGCCGACCCAAACCACAGUGAAAUGAAACACCCUUUUGUAAAGAGCAGUUCUCUGCAGAAGGUAAAAUUCCGCCCUCGGCCGCCGGGCUACCCGACAGAUCUCUGGGAACUCUGGCUUUAAACUGGAGCUAUUCCCCAUGCAAAUAUGUCUCAGGCAAAAGAUGUAGCAGAAAGGACAAGAAAAAAGAAAACAGAAAAUUAAGCAAGUCUGGACUAGGACCUCUACCCGGGGACCCAUGGUGGUGCUUUUUUGAGUGCCUCCUUAAUUAGUGCAGGAUUUGAAAGUUAAUAGUUUUUUAAAACAAAUCCUUUUAAGGGGAGUUGUGAAAAGUAACUAAACACUGAGCUAAACCCAGCGGACGGUUUCUGCUUUGCACAUGCUGGGCUGGCUCAGUCCUAGGCACCAACUCUUCAAUCCCAGCUAUCAGAGUGAGGCGUUUGGUCAGCCUGUCGGUCCAGCAGUGUGUCCAGUCACCACUGAACAUCUGGGGAGCUUCUGGAUGCAAGGUGUGCUACAGACGCUGGCUUUGUGCCCAGCCUGGGGAGGCCGAGGCAAGUGUGUUUCUAGAGUUAAGUGACCAGUCCACAGGAGUCCACCCAAGGGCCAUUCAAAACUUCCAGUGUUAGUCGGCACCAUCAUUUUAUAGUUCAGUUCCCAGGUUCCUUAGGGCUCCCUAGCCGGCCCUUCUAACAGGACGGGGGCCUCACCCAGGACUUCUUCAUCCUCACCAACAGUCUGAAACAGGAAUUUUUUUUU